AUGAACAGUUUAUCUAUUGAGCAGCAGGCUCGUGCCGCUAAAGCAUACAUCCUCCAGGAGUUGAGAAAGACCGAGGAUGGCACUUCGAUUCUCGAGGACAACGAUUUCUCCGCCAGGCUCGACACGAACUUCAUCACCAUUUUUGCCAUCUUCGCUGAGCUAUACGGUUACAGACAUGACUGUCUCGAUCAGCUGGUCGAUCUGAUAACUAUCUGUGGAAAGAGUUGGCAAGACCGAUCCCCUGAUUUACAAAAGAUCGAUAAGCAGCGAGAACUUGACCUCGACUGGUACCUCUCGAACCAGAUGGUAGGAGGAGUCUGCUACGUCGACCGCUACGCCGGCAGCCUGGCUGGUAUCAAAAAACGCAUUCCCUACUUCAAAGAGUUGGGACUGACCUAUCUCCAUUUGAUGCCCCUGUUCCUGGCUCCUCAGCCUCUCAAUGACGGAGGGUAUGCGGUGUCGAGCUACCGUGACGUGCAGCCGGAUCUGGGGACGAUCGAUGAGCUCCGAGAUUUGGCCACCGAAUUGAGAAAGGCCGGCAUCAGCCUCGUGCUUGAUCUCGUGUUCAACCACACCUCCAGCGAGCACCGGUGGGCAAAGAGGGCGGUCGAGGGCGAUCCUGAGCAUUCAGCCAUGUACUGGAUCUUCCCGGAUCGCAAUGUUCCCUCAGCGUUCGAACGUUCCACACGGGAGAUCUUCCCCGACGACCACCCGGGCUCUUUCAUCCAACUACCAGACGGCCGAUUCGUAUGGUCGACAUUUUAUCACUUUCAAUGGGACCUAAAUUACUCAAACCCAGCCGUUUUCAUGGCCAUGGCUGGGGAGAUGCUGUAUCUGGCCAACGUGGGCGUCGACCUCUUCCGGAUGGACGCCGUCGCAUUUAUGUGGAAACAGAUGAACACAGACUGUGAGAAUCUCCCAGAGGUCCACAAACUGCUCCGAGCGUUCAACGCCCUGUGUCGGAUCGCAGCGCCGUCCGUGCUUUUCAAAUCCGAGGCCAUUGUCCAUCCGGAUUGCGUGGUGCAGUACAUCGACCGAUCCGAGUGCCAACUGUCAUAUAAUCCGCUCCAGAUGGCCCUCACAUGGGAGGCGCUGGCAACCAGAGAUGCGUCAAUGCUGUCCCAGGCGAUCGAGCGCAGACACAAUAUCGCUCGGGGCUGUGCAUGGGUCAACUACGUCCGAUCUCACGACGAUAUCGGCUGGACGUUCUCUGACGAGGACGCCAGAGAACUCGCCAAGGACGGUCGCAAUCACCGGAAAUUCCUCAAUGCGUUCUUCGUGAAUCGUCAUCCCGGCAGCUUUGCCCGGGGAGUGCCCUUUCAGGACAAUCCAAAGACGGGCGAGUGUAGGAUAUCCGGCACCACAGCUUCUCUGGCUGGCUUGGAGUCAAUGCAAGACCACGCCAUUGAGCGGAUCCUGCUCGCAUACUCCAUUGCCAUGAGCACGGGUGGGAUCCCGCUAAUAUAUCUGGGAGAUGAAGUCGGACAGCUCAACGACUACAGCUACCUGAACGACCCAGCGAAAAUGGACGACAGCAGAUGGGUGAACCGUCCCUGGUAUCCCGAGGGGCGCUAUGCCGAACGACAUGAUGUCGACACCAUCCCGGGUCAGAUAUAUGCAGGGAUGAAGCACCUCAUCCACUUGCGCAAAACGACACAGGAACUCGCAGGAGGAAGGGCGAUUGGGUUCUACUCCGGCAAUCCCGCCAUCCUUGGGUAUCAACGACCCGGUGCGAAUUCGAGCGUAUUGUGUCUCUGCAACUUCUCGGAUGAAGCCCAAUGGAUCGGACGUGACCGGUUCAUGGCGAUGCCUGCUGAGGCGAAAGAUCUGGUGAGUGGAUAUGUAAUCAACCUGCGGAACGCGGGCAUCCACAUGAAACCGCAUCAGUUCCUGUGGUUGAGGAUUUGA